AUGUUCACCGAGGACACAACGCGUUGACAUGUCGUGCAUCUUCAAUUCGUAGAUCUUCCUCGCAGAUACCGCCGCGCACCCGACUCAGAAAUCUUGGGGACUUGAAUACACUGAAGGGAGGCUAAAAAAUAACGAUGAGUAAAAUAAGACACGAGAGGGAUAAAUGUACUCACGAUAUCAGCAAGUUAAGAGCCGCUUGAACACGGAAGGAGAGCCAUGGCACGCGUCAGUCGGUGAGCGAAAGAAAAGAAACGACAGAGUUGUUUACCUUCUCAACGCCUUCGGAAUACCUUCAGGUCCACAGCCAGUAUUUUCUUCUGCUAACCACCACCACCACGGUCUUAGAGUUGAGCCUGGUGCAUUUAUCCUCUACCUUUUUUUUCUUUCCGUUUUUCUUAGGUUCACUUUCGGGCAACAGUCGAGUACAGCAAGCAAGGAGGUAUGUUCCUUCUUUUUCCUUUACCUCGCUGAUUCUGGGCUUAGUUUUGAAGAAUGCAUCCGAAAGGGGGUUGGUUCCCGUUACGCUGACCAGUCUUUAACUGCUACGGUUUGAACGUGAAGUGAAGACCUGAAGUACUGGUUACGCGACGUGAGGCUUUC